AUAGAGCCUUUGCUCUGCAUUGCAGACCCAUCUCUGAUUCUUUAUCUACAGAGAGAAAUACAUCGAUUUUCAUAGACAACCUUACGGAUAAGCUGGCUGAUAUAGAGUACAGACAGUAUAAUUACUGUAGAAUUUAUCCAUGGAAGUUGGAAGGAAUUUGCUUUCUUCAAAGCCGUCGUUUCCUUCAGGAAUCCACCUUAAAAAUUGUCUUUCCUCUUCUUCUUCUUCUUCUACUUCAACUUUGAUGCUUCAUGAACAAGCAGCUUCUGUUGUCACCUCUAUGCUAAGCACUUGCACACCUCAACGUCGCCGUGCCUCAAUUCCAUUACAAGAGCAGCGUGAUGAAAACGACCCUCUGUUGCACGUAUUUAAGGAAGACGCAAUGUCUUGGGUUGGGCUCUUUCUGGGAAUUUUAGAGAGAACCUGGAUAGUGGCUGGGGCCUCAGUCAAUGAAGAGAAAAUUCCUGAAAACUCUAACCAAUUGCUGCACGACUUUGAGCGCCAGUUGCUUCACUGGCCUGGUUUGGGACAGUUGUCACCACCUUUGCAAACAGGAAAAACAAUGUCUUCCUCCUUGAGUAUGCAGCCUAUUCCUGCUAGUACAGAGAAUCCUAUGGAUGUUGAAGAAUGUGAUAUAGUGGCCCUUGCUAAGAAAGCUUUGUCAGCCUCUCAAGAAGCAGCCUUGUUAGCCGAAGACUCCAAAUUAAUAGGAUCUGAUUUUGAUGAGUCACUUUCUUCUGGUUUUGGGUCUAGGAUUUUUGUGAAUAUACCACUCGAGGAGGAGAAAGUGGUAAGGUCUACACGAAUUUUAGAGAGGCGAUCUAAGAAGAGAAGAGUGCCAAAGUCAAACGUUCACGAGAAUCACAGUUCUAGAAAUGUAGAUGUGAAAAGAAAGAUUAGUGAAGGUUUUGAUCCAAAUGAUCCCCUUCGAUUGUUCUUGUGGGGUCCUGAAACAAAACAACUUUUGACUUUUGAAGAAGAGUCUGAAUUGAUUGCCCAAGUACAGGAUUUACUGAAAUUAGAAGAAGUGAAGAUUAGGCUCCAAUCUCAUUUUGGCCGUGAACCAACAUUGGUUGAAUGGGCUGAAGGAGUGGGUCUCAGUUAUCGUGCCCUGAAGUCACGACUGUAUUCUGGUAAUAGCAGCCGGGAAAAGCUGAUUUAUGCAAACUUACGUAUGGUCGUUCACGUUGCUAAACUAUAUCCAGGGCGAGGUCUCAGCUUUCAGGACUUAUUGCAGGAGGGCAGUAUGGGUCUUAUGAAAAGUGUUGAGAAGUUCAAACCCCAAUCCGGUUGUCGGUUUGCUACUUAUGCCUAUUGGUGGAUAAGGCAAUCAAUUAGGAAGGCCAUAUAUCAACAUUCCAGGACAAUCCGUUUGCCGGAGAACGUACAUGCCCUACUGGGCAAGAUGAUGGAAUCAAAGAGACUACUCAUUCAGGAAGGAAACCAUCAUCCAACCAAAGAAGAAUUAGCACGACAUGUUGGGAUUACAGUCAACAAGUUAGAAAAAUUGCUAUAUACAACCAGACUACCACUUUCAAUGCAACGACCAGUUUGGACAGACCAAGAUACCACUUUUCAGGAGAUAACUGCAGAUACUGAGGUCGAGAUCCCAGAAGUGAGUGUUGCAAAGAAGCUGAUGAGGCAGCAUGCACGAAACCUUCUAAGCAUUCUCAGCCCAAGGGAGAGGCGGAUAAUCAGGCUAAGGUUUGGCAUUGAAGAUGGCAAACAGAAAUCAUUGUCGGAAAUCGGGAACUUGUUUGGGUUGUCAAAGGAGAGGGUGCGGCAGCUGGAGAACCGAGCAUUGCAUAGGCUCAAGCAGUGCCUCGGUAGUGAAGGACUUGUGGCAUAUACAGAAUUGCUUGUUUAGCUGUUUUCACAUUGUUAUACUGUUAUGCUCCUCGUAUGCCUUUACGGUUUGUGGUUCUUGAAAGUGGUCGAGAAUCAAGCUAGCCUAGAGUAGAACUCUAGCCUUCAAAGUUGAGUGUUAAAUUGUAUGUUGUAAGAUAAAAUUUUAUCCUUUAAAUGAAUAUAUGUGUAUAUCUUUACAUCUCCAAA